CCCAUUCUGGCGGUCGCUAGAGACAGGUUUGACUGUAGUUUGUAUUUGCACAAUACUCUAUCUUUUCAUGCUGUUUGGUUCAGGCUUACAUCACUAUCUACAAGGGAGACGUUUUACCUGAACCUAAGACUAUACUACAGGCGACAGCAGAGGCCAAUAACUUAGCUGCAGUAGCAAGUGCUUUGGACAAAUACACUAAGGAUAUGGAACAGGUAUGUGGAGGUGACAAGCCAUACCUGAGUCCAGAUGAGCUAAAGAAGAAACACAAUCAAGUUGAGGAAGCAGCCAUUAAUCAAUUCAGAAAAGUACGCAAGAUGGGAGGAAGGCAGUACAGCCAGCAAUAUGAGGAGGAACUUUUAGCUCAGAUGAAGACUUACGAGCAGCAGUAUAUCAAACACAAUGAAAACAAGAAGCCGUUCAACAUGAAAACCAUACUCCCAACGUACAACACGCCAUUGGUGAUUGGAAUAGUAGGAGGCUUGAUUAUUGUAUGCUUUUGUACGAUUACACCGAUUUCCGUUAUAAGGCCAGUCAAGACGGUAAAGCAGAUAGCUGAUGUUCUUAAAGGUAUUACAAAGUGUUGGUAAAACUAUCUAAUUCAUCUGAAACUCUUUGAUGUUAUAACAAUAUGCUAUAGGAAUAUCUUUAACCAAUCUCCCCAGCUGAAAUACUUUUUUUUUUUUUUAGUGAAUUAAACAGUAAUUAAUAAAUCAAUUAUUAGUUCCAAGCUGACAAAAGUAAUGAACACACAACAAUAACGAGCUAACUUCCCCUAAAGGGUAGAAAUAAACAAUAAUAUUAAUAUAUUACAUUUAUAAAGCGCUUAAUACAAUGUUU